ACUAAUCGAUCAUGAAACAGUUCAGUUGAGGACAAGAACUAAAAUGUUUAAGUCUUUUGUUUUCGUUUUAAUAUUUCUUGCUUCACAAGGAGAGGCUACUGAAAAGUGUGCUUCACUCGUCACGGAAUGCAUCUUAAGGCCCUACACAGUCUCUUGGGACGAAUGCCCUGAAAAUCCUGUUUGUGGUGAAAAUCUUGUUCUUGCAAAACACGUUGAGGACGGAAAAGAAGUUUGUUGUUGUAAAAACAAAGGAGAUGUCAUACCUUGUGGACCCCCAGCCCAAUGCGAAAGUGUCUAUACUGCUUGGAGGCCUGAACCAUAUUGUGAAUGUCAAGGAUAUAAUGACGCUAUACCAGCAUGUCCAUCUGGCUUGAAAUUUGACUUUUGGAUAAGCGAAUGUAUUGCGGACUGUGACAUUUGUAUAGGAGAGGCUACUGAAAAGUGUGUUCAAGGAACACUCGUCACAGAAUGCAUCUUAAGGCCCUACACCGUCUCUUGGGAUGAAUGCCCUGAAUAUCCUGUUUGUGGUGAAAAUCUUGUUCUUGCAAAACACGUUGAAGACGGAAAAGAAGUUUGUUGUUGUAAAAACGAAGGAGAUGUCGUACCUUGUGGACCUGCAACCCAAUGCGAAGGUAUGAUGUAUCAAGCCUGGAGGCCUGAACCAUAUUGUGAAUGUCAGACAUAUAAUGACGGUAUAGAAGUAUGUCCAGACGGCUUGAAAUUUGAUUUUUGGAUAAGCAAAUGUAUUGCGGACUGUGACAUUUGCAUUUAGUUUUUUGAACUUCAAUUCUGAUUUAAAAAUGUUGUAAAAGAAGUUUUAUGAAAAUUGAAUAAAUUUUUUCCGGAAUUAAAACUAACUGCUCUAAUUUUGAUUUAGAAAUGUUC